AUGCGGCAUACCGAAGAAUUGCUACGCUUGGAGGAAUCUCUCGACAGCGAUUCAUUUUUGUCAGACAAUGGAGAACGAACUUCCCAAUGGGCGGAACAACAGUUGAACGCAGCAUCUGAUGAAAGCGAAGAGGAGCGAAUGCUGCAGCGUAGCCGGUCGGCCGAUAUGGAGCAACGAGUGUCUACCAACAACCCGGCCACAGCGUCAGGACAGCAGAGUGAGUAUCUGGCUCAGCCACAAUGCGAUGCGCAGGUCCGCGCCAUGGAACAGCAGCCACGCCUCGAGCAGGUUCCCGUUUCGGAGCGGCAGCUGUGCGAGCAGUUUAUCGGCAUGGAUAUGCAGCAGCAGCGGUGUGGUGCGUUCCCCGUCCAGGCGCAAGGCCCCGCGCAGGUUCCCGAUUCCCAGCAGCAGCGGUGUGAUGUGUACCCCGUCCAGGUGCAAGGCCCUGUGCAGGUUCCCGAUUCGCAGCAGCAGCGGUGUGGCGUGUACCCCGUCCAGGUGCAAGGCCCCGUGCAGGUUCCCGAUACGCAGCAGCAGCGGAGUGGUGUGUACCCCGUCCAGGUGCAAGGCCCUGUGCAGGUUCCCGAUUCGCAGCAGCAGCGGUGUGGCGUGUACCCCGUCCAGGUGCAAGGCCCCGUGCAGGUUCCCGAUACGCAGCAGCAGCGGAGUGGUGUGUACCCCGUCCAGGUGCAAGGCCCGUGCAGGUUCCCGAUACGCAGCAGCAGCGGAGUGGUUCCCGAUACGCGGCAGCAGCGGUGUGGCGUGUACCCCGUCCAGGUGCAAGGCCCCGUGCAGGUUCCCGAUACGCAGCAGCAGCGGAGUGGUGUGUACCUCGUCCAGGUGCAAGGCCCCGUGCAGGUUCCCGAUUCGCAGCAGCAGCGGAGUGGUGUGUACCCCGUCCAGGUGCUAGGCCCCGUGCAGGUUCCCGAUACGCAGCAGCAGCGGAGUGGUGUGUACCUCGUCCAGGUGCAAGGCCCCGUGCAGGUUCCCGAUUCGCAGCAGCAGCGGAGUGGUGUGUACCCCGUCCAGGUGCUAGGCCCCGUGCAGGUUCCCGAUACGCGGCAGCAGCGGUGUUGCGUGUACCCCGUCCAGGUGCAAGGCCCCGUGCAGGUUCCCGAUUCGCAGCAGCAGCGGAGUGGUGUGUACCCCGUCCAGGUGCUAGGCCCCGUGCAGGUUCCCGAUACGCAGCAGCAGCGGUGUGGCGUGUACCCCGUCCAGGUGCAAGGCCCCAUGCAGAUUCCCGAUUAUCAGCAGAAGCGACGUGGUGUGUACCCUGCCCAGGUACACACCCAGGAGAAUGUUCCUAUGUUGGAGGAGCAUAAAUGUAGCCCGUACCCCGUCCAGGUACGAUGCAACGCGCAGUCGUGCGACACGUAUAGCAAGGAGUCCAGUGCGUACCCCGCCCAGGUACAAUUACGUGCAAAAGUCCCCGGUCCGGAGCAGCAAAUGUAUGGUGCCUAUUCCAGCCAGGUACAACAGCAACCACAUUUUAGAGUUGCGGAUCCGGCAUACCCCGUCAUGCGUCCCGAACAGAUGCAACCGUCUUACUUGGAAGGUAUUGCCCCGCAACAGCAAGGCAUGUUUGGCCGAAAAAGCUUCCAACAUUUUCAGGUGAUCCAGAAGAAUGGCCCGUAUUUAUAA